CCUCACAGCAGCUCCUGCAAAGAACGAAGCCUGCAAGGUUGCAAAGAGCCACAAACCUUUUUUUUGUUGGGAUCCCCUCGGGCCAGGGGCAGGACAAGGGAGGGCAGAAACUGGAUCCACACAAAGAAAACAUUCUGAAGAACCAACCAGGAUUUCUGUAGGUCAACGGCAAGUACCAUCCCCAUCUUAACCGCCAGCAGAAAAAAAUGAAACAUAUUAUUAAUUCGUAUGAACACACCAAUGACACUACAAGAAAUAACUCUGAUUGUCCUGAUGUAGUUUUGCCAGAAGAGAUAUUUUUCAUAAUCUCUAUCAUUGGAGUUUUGGAGAACUUGAUCGUCCUCCUGGCUGUGAUCAAAAAUAAAAAUCUCCAAUCCCCCAUGUAUUUUUUCAUCUGCAGUUUGGCCAUUUCUGACAUGUUGGGCAGUCUGUAUAAGAUCUUGGAAAACAUCCUGAUCAUGUUCAGAAACAUGGGUUAUCUCAAGCCUCGAGGCAGUUUUGAAAGCACAGCAGAUGACAUCAUUGACUGCAUGUUCGUCCUCUCUUUGCUGGGUUCUAUCUUCAGCCUGUCUGUGAUUGCAGCUGACCGCUACAUCACCAUCUUCCAUGCCCUGCAAUACCACAACAUUGUGACCAUGCGCCGGACCAUCAUCACCCUAACAAUUAUUUGGAUAUUCUGUACGGGGAGUGGCAUCACCAUGGUGAUCUUCUCCCAUCACAUCCCCACAGUGCUCACCUUCACAUCGCUGUUCCCUUUGAUGCUGGUUUUUAUCCUGUGUCUCUACAUUCACAUGUUCUUACUUGCCCGCUCCCAUGCUAGGAAGAUCUCUACCCUUCCUAGAACCAACAUGAAGGGUGCCAUGACACUAACCAUCCUUCUUGGAGUCUUCAUCUUCUGUUGGGCCCCCUUUGUGCUCCAUGUUCUCUUAAUGACCUUCUGCCCAAAUAACCCUUACUGUGUUUGUUACAUGUCUCUCUUCCAGGUCAAUGGCAUGUUGAUCAUGUGCAAUGCCGUUAUUGACCCCUUUAUAUAUGCCUUUCGUAGCCCAGAGCUCAGAGAUGCAUUCAAAAGGAUGCUCUUCUGCUACAGGUAUUAGUAGAAUUUUUUGAUCCCUGCUUUGAGGUUGUCAAGGGACCAAAUAACCCAACAGUGUGACAUGUACCAAUGAUUCUUCUGACUAGUCUUUCCUUCUUUAACAGAUGGGGACGAUCCCACUGACUAGUGUCUACCAUAAGCACCUUCCGUAUUAACAGUCUUACCGUACCUGCAUUUUUUAUAUCGUAUCUAGAGAGAUGAAAUGGUAUGCUAAAAAGGACAGCUUACAAAGUACACAUAGCAUACAAAUGUGAGGAAUUUGGGUUAAGCAAAUAUUUGUCCUCUGUGGGUACCUGGCAAAACUGUCAUGGGAGGCCUUUCCAAGCAGGAAACCAUGGUAACCAAUUCUCUAGAAGUUAAAGUACUUUAUACAUAUCUAACUAACUAACUAUAUGUUUUAGUUAUAUUUCUAUGUAUGUGGAAAAUACAUGCAAUUGCA